AGACGCUCCAAAAGAGAGGAAAAUGUGGUCGGUUCGGUCCGUGUCUGUGCUGCUUCUGGCGGUGAUAGCUUCGGCACAAGGAGCUAAUAUCCUGGGGCUCUUCAGCAGCCACAGUCAAUCGCAUCUGAUCAUUCACAUGUCGGUGGCAAAGGCUCUGGCCGAGGCUGGACACAAUGUGACCGUGGUGUCGAUGAUGCAGCCCAAAGUAAUGCACAAAGAUAUUCAUCUGAUAGUGGUACCGGCAACGGAGGAGCAGGAGCGCAUAAUGGAUGAACAGCUGACCACCAUGGCGGGGCAGAAGAACUCAGCUAUAAGCACUGUGAGCAGGCUAUUGAGCGGAAUGGAUGUGAUGAUAAAAGCCCAGGCUGACCUGCUCUCCCACCCAAGUUUCCAGCGAAUCUACGAGACCAAGUUCGAUCUAAUGAUCAUGGGGUACUUCCUCAAUGAUUUCCAGCUGGGAGUUGCACACAAGUUGAAGGUUCCGGUAAUCAUUGACUGGAUGACAGCGCCUAUUCCUCUAAUGGACGAGAUUACGGGUAAUCCCUCAGAGCUCUCUUAUGUGCCCAAUAUUGCCACCUCCGCCACGCAGCCCAUGAGUUUACUGAAGCGAGCUGAGAAUUUAGCUAAGCACCUAAUUAUUCAAUACAUGAAAAUACUCUUUGAUAUUAAGGUGAGCCGAAUAUAUGAAGACAUUUUUGGAAAAGACGAAAUUCUGCCGACUAUAAGUGAGCUGAGACGAAAUGUAUCCAUGGUGUUUGUCAACUGCCACUUGAUCAGCGAAGGACCCAUUCGACCCAUGGUACCAGGACUGGUCGAGAUCGGAGGCAUACAGGUUAAGGAUAAGGCGGAUCCCUUGCGCAAGGAUAUUGCAGAAUUUUUGGCCAAGUCUCCCCAAGGAGCCAUUCUCCUCUCCCUCGGAUCUAACAUCAAGGGCACGGCGGUAAAACCUGAACUCAUAAAGACCAUCUUCAAAGUUCUUUCUGGUCUAAAGCAGAACGUGAUCUGGAAGUGGGAGGAACUCGAUAACACACCGGGUAACGCUUCCAACAUUCUCUACAAUAAGUGGCUGCCCCAAGAUGAUAUCCUGGCACACCCCAAUACCAAACUGUUUAUCACCCAUGCCGGAAAGGGUGGCAUCACAGAGUCCCAGUACCAUGGAGUGCCAAUGGUGGCACUCCCUAUUUUCGGCGAUCAACCUGGAAACGCCGAGGUCAUGCAAAGCGCAGGAUAUGGUCUGUCCCUCGACCUGCUAUCAAUUACUGAGGAGAGCCUUGGAGAGGCGCUCAAAGAAGUCCUGGAAAACGAGAAGUACACUAAAGCUGUUCGCAAGUUCUCUUCGCUCUACAGGGAUCGGCCACUGACCGCCAAGCAAUCGGUUCUUUACUGGACGGAGUACAUCCUGCGGCAUCAUGGAGCUUCCCACCUGCAGAGUCCUGCGGUGCACAUGAACUUUGUUGAGCUUUACAAUUUGGAUCUUUAUGUUAUACUGUUGUCGAUCCUGUUUCUAUUACUGAUUAUUUUGCGAUUGGUUUUGAAGGCAAUGUGGAGAAAAUUAAGGGGAAAAAGGGAGAACCAUUCAAAGAAACUAAAAACCCAUUAAAUUUGUAUAAAAUGCCUAUUUUAUUAGAAAUUUUGUGUAAAAAAGCUAAUAGUACCAAUAAAAAAAAAACAUAUUAAAAGGCUAUAAUUAUAAUCAGUCGAGAGAUUAUCACUGUAAAUAAAAAAGUUUAUAAGAUUUUAACGAAUUUUGUACAUAUGGAAAGACUUUUCUUUACUUUUUUUUGCUUAUUUUUUUCUUCAAAAUAUUUUAAAUUUUAUCUUGAACUAUCAUAAUGGUCCUAAUCCAAAAGUUAAGUUAAUUUAUUUAAGUGAAUUAAAUAACAGAU